AUGCCUAGAGACGAUCUGAGCAUCGACUUUGUCGAUAGGAUGCCUCAGCAAGAAUCCGUUGAUCCCGCCCAGAUCCUGGACGAUUUCUUUUAUCGCUUCCAGAACAUACCUGAAGAGAUUCGCUUCAUUCAAGCCGAAAUCACCGACAAAGAUCGCCAGGUGAAUGACUGCCUGCGCCUCAUCGAAGACCGCGAUGCCAAGAUCCAGCGAUGGAUUAAGACCAAUGGCAGCCAGAUGCCCAACCCCCGAGAGGAUACGCUGAGGAACCAGAUCAGAGAUAACUACGCCAAAGCCGAGAAGUUUUCGGACGAGAAGCUCGCUCUAUCCAAGAGGCUACAGGAACUUUACGACCGUCAGAUACUCUACCUAGAUCGCCAAAUCAAGGGCCUCUACGAUCGCGUCGAGCCCGGCUUCAAUGACCCCGACGAGGUUCCUCCCUGCUUCGAAACAGCGCCGCGAACCUUCCUGCGCCGUCCUUUCGAUCGAAUCUCUCCAAUGGACCCUCUAUCCCAUCGACCCCUGUUCAGCCUGCCCCAACCGCAGCGGCCCCAGUAUCGAAUAAAGCCGCGGUCGCGCACAUAA